GUGUUCCUGUCAGUAACACUGAAGGAUAUUUCUCCGAUACAAUAAUUGAAAAACAUUCGCAUAUGAACAAUCACUCGGAUGUCUAAUUCGCACACGGACAAUUAUUCUGCCGUCCACUAACUACUUAUAACAACUCGGAUAUCCGAGAGCUAUAUAUAAUGAAAACAAUAUCAACACAUCCAAGUUGGUUAUGUCACGUCUGACACGUCCUCCUUAUUUUGUUCUGCUAGGAAAAAAAUAAUAAUAAAGAUAGAAGUCAAAGAGAUGAAUUCAAAGAAAUUCUCGAGGAAAUAAUUACAUAUCGGAGAUUAUAUCGAAUAACUAAUCAUAUACUGCAAUUGCUUCAUGACAUUUGACAGUUUACUGUGUCUUUACUAUGUAUAAUAGAGGGUGGAAUAAGUUAAUUAAAAGUAAUGACAACCACAAAUAUGAACUUAAGGCUAACGCCGAGAAAAAGCAAUGUACAACCAGACUCAGCUUUGUGCAAUUGGCUUUUGAUCAUAACGAAGAAUGCCUCGUCGUAGUGGAUAUCAAAGGUGACUUGUAUUGCAUCGAUUUGUCUGAAGAUGUCCUGUUGUAUAAAAGACUGGGAAAGAUUGGACAAGCCAGUUUUCUCGCGUUCAACCCCAGAUACAGAGGGGAAAUUUUGGUAGGAUGCAACACUGGUGACAUAAAGAUUUGGAAGCUGCACGCAAACUUAGACGAAUUACUUUCUAUUUUAUCUGGACACAAGUUACCACCGACACAUGUUUCCUUUUACAAAAGCCAUUGUCUAACGUACUCUAGAAACGAGGUCAUAAUAUGGUAUCUGCAAUUCUAUAGUAAGACUCAUCAGCUGAAAGUUAACGCAAAAAAUGCUGUGAUAAGAAAGGCUAUUUUCUCAAACGCUGGUCAUAUCGUCGUGCUUUACAACAAUGACACUAUGCAAGCUUGGAUGUUCAAGCAAUUGGACAAGGAUACCAAGAUCGACACGAAGUUAUUUGGCACACAUCAUAUUAAGGAUUUUAUCUUUACGACAGAUGGCAGAGCUAUGAUAAUGAUUGGCAAGAGAGGCAUGAGCAUUCUUAAUACAUGUGACUGGAGUUUGUUGAGAAAAUUAUCUCUGCCUGAUAACUUUGCCGAGGUAAGACAGUUGUCGGUCAUUCCACGUCCGUUGGAUGGCGGAGCGAAUAAAAUCGUUGCACUACUGUCUUCGAGAUACACUCUUCAUUUUUGCGACAUAAAUCGGUCAAGCUUCCUCGAGGUAUCUGAUGCCAUCAGUAGAGUUAAAAAAUUCAUAGUCUCAUCGGCUGGCAGAUAUAUAGCAUACAUAAAUCAAGAAGGAUAUCUAAGCAUAAUGCACAUGGACAAAGUGAUCCCAGGAAAAUGUUCUCAAUUGAAGAAACUGUUUGAGUUAGAUAGACCGCAGGCGCACAAAAUAAGCGAUCAUUUAGAAUGUGUUAGACAAAGUAUGAAGCAAGAAUUAAAUAUAAAACGAUUGGUAUCUAUCUUAAGGGAAUUCGGAGAAUAUCCAAAGCAGUAUCGUACAAUAUUCUGGUCCACCAUCCUGAAACUCCCGGCUAAUAGAAGCGCCUAUCUUGCUUUGGCAAGUAAGAUAACACACGGAGGACUCAUAUGGAAUACUUUAAGAAACUAUCCCGUAUCAGAUAAGAACAAAGCGUCAUUAUUGACCAUGACAACGAACUGCUUGCUGCAAUGGUGUCCUCUACUCGUGCAAAGUCCAUUUCUUCCCAAUUUGGUCUUCCCAUUUCUUAUGGUAUUUCAGAAAGACCCCUUACUUGCUUUUGAGUUAAUCCUAAGCAUACUGCUGAACUAUUGCCAUAACUGGUUCGAAUACCAUCCUCUUCCACCACUAAAUAUCCUGGGAAUUAUUGAAAAUAUUCUACUGGAGGUAGAUCCUCAGUUAUUAAACAUUUUCUGCGAACAUGGUAUAACAACCAGCGAAUACGCAUGGCCAUUACUUCAGACUGUAAUGAGCGAAGUAUUAUCGGGUGAUGAAUGGUUGAUACUGUGGGAUCAUUUAAUGACAUUUCAGAAGCCCCAUCUUCUGCUGAUGUGUGUCGUAGCUUAUAGCAUUUAUUCAAGAAAAAAUAUAAUUUCCUUGAUACAGUCGUCUGGAGAUUGUCGUGAAAACAUAAAAGAAUUUUAUAGCACUCAAGGUCACGUUAGAGCCAAGGAUUUAUUAAAAAUUGCCAAAAAAUUAGAUCAAGAAGUACCAGAACGAGUGCAUUCUAAUAGUUAUCUAAGAAGUGAAAUGUUGCAAUUGAAUGAAACCGGGCCCUAUCCCUUAUUUAUGCUGAAGGAAUAUCCCAAGUUUCUCAUUGAAAAUUCCUAUACAUCGGAUUUAAAGAAAUGUAAAAGACAAGGACGUUCGCAAAGCUGUAAUCACGAGAUUGCGAAAUCCAGUUGGAAGAUUAAUACUUUUGCAAAACAAAUUCAUGAAAACGGAUUGAAUGAAGUACAGAAAUGCAGAAGUCCAGAGAAUAAAAAAUCAUAUUACCAGUAUUCACAUCAAGAUCUAGAUUCGCAACCGCUAGGAACACAAAUAUGUAUUAAAUGCGAAAUGAAGGAUGAAACCUCGAACUUUAACGACGAUACACCAAAAAAUUAUGAAAAAUUGCGACGAGAUGUGACGAAACUCGAAUAUGAAGUACAAAGCUUUUUAGAUGUGCUAAAAUCUGAUAGAUCAAAAGUAAAUAUCAGCUAGAACAUAUUUAUGUGGGAUAAAAAUUGAUGUUGUAAGACUCAGAUAAAGUAAAUAAAGUAUAUAAAUAAUA